UUGUAUAAUAAACAUGUUAUUUUGUAUUAUCAAUUUCUCAUAAUUCUGAAUCAAUAGUAUUUUUUAAAGUAUAUUUUUUAAAAAGUUUGCAAUUCAUUAUUGCUAAUUAAUAAAAAAUAAAAUUGUAUAUAAAACUUUAAACAUAUUGAAACAAAAUUUUAUUUUAAAAGGUUUACUUUUAGGAAUAAAACAAGCCCAGAAGGAACUCCAAACAAAGAAACACAAAGUUAGAUUGAAUCUCAUUCAAAGUUAGAUUGAAUCUCAUAAUUGAAAGAGAUGCCCAGGAAAUAGAGGCCCAGUCGCUGAAAUAGGAAGGUGAUUAGAAUCACAAAGGCUAUAUGAAUACGAUCCUUUUUUGUCAAUCAAUAGAGUAAGGGAGAGCGGGAGAGGAUAGUUCUAUAUAAGACAAUGUUGUCUUAGGUUAAGCUUCUUCACCAAGUAUCGAUCAAAACGUAACUUAAGAAAAACAAUCUCAUGGCUUGCCAGAGAGGAGAGGGAGAAGACGGUCGUCCUCAAGUAAUAAAGUUCGAUGGUUUUGAUUUACCCACUGAUGGUCCUAUGUCAUCUCGUAAACAUGGGUUGAUACACUUUGAGCACGCGCGGUACUGGCACCCUGAAGAUGAAGCGUUUGUUAAGGUUUAUGCCCAGCUGGGACUUCAUCGUUACAAUCUGUUAGAGGGGACUAACAGGCAGUUCUUACACUUAGAGAGUUACAACAGGGGUAUGACUUUCGGGGCUGCCCCGUACUACCUCUCCCUGUUUGCAGACUGUCCAGAUUCUGGUCGUACGCUUCCUUUCCAUGCGCUUGUUAGUGAAAACCGCAUUGGUCGUCUGGAUAUCUCGGUCCACAUAGCUAGACCCCGAGGUUCAGAGGAGCAGCCUCGACUUUGCCGACCAACCUACACGUGUAGUCCUCUGCCUCGCUGGCCCUCCUCAGAGAUGUUUGCCCAGCGGCGUUUUUACAGGUUGAAUGAACACGAGCUGCGAAACACUGAUUGGGUUCGUUUGUAUUUGGAUCUUGCACACAGUACCUGCGAUAGGGGUAUGACUGACAGCCAACUCUCUGAUUUCUACAUUGAGCAAGUGGCCAUUCGAAGUCUCAGUGAUGCGGAUCCGCCGAGACUCGACUCCAAGAGCGUUGUCGUCUACAUGGUAUACAAAGACUUGGCCAAGGAUCGGCUUGGUGAGCCGUGUUACCGCAAAGCCAUCAUUAGACGGGUCUAUGAUGAGUCUUCACGAUCAUUGACUUUCCAAGGUAAGCAUUGGAGCUUUUCUGAGGAGAAGGAGAAGAAGAAGAAAAAAAAAGACAAGAAGAGAUUUGCACUGCUCAAGAAACGUUUCGGUGUUUGCGGAGCCUGGCGUUUGGGGAUCGAUGUCUACAGGAAACGUGGCAUCCGCCCUUCUUCGACCACUCGUUGAUCAGUGAUUUAUCCGAGUACUAUUACUAUGUUAUUUUGUGCUUUUUGUGUGUUAAGUGGAUCAGUCUCUUAGUUCAGCACUUAUGUCUUGACUUUUUUUUUUCUUACAAAAAAAAUUGACUUUGUUAUGCAUUCAUCUAUUUUGUCAUAUUAUGUCUGCAAUUUGAUAAAAAAGACUGAAUGAUUGGUGA